UUACAAAUCUGCUGUGAGUCGGCUGCAGAAAGAGUGUCCUAUCACAAAGAAAAGCAGACUGAUAUAAAGAUGGCGUUUAUUAAAGAGGAGAGUGAAGAUGUGGAGAUUGAAGAAGCUUUCAGAGUCAAACAUGAAGAUCCUGAGGAACAAACAGAUCUGAUGACACUGAAAGAGGAGAGUGAAGUAAUUAAUGAAAUAAAAGAGGAACAUCAAUAUAAAUAUCAUCCUUUCACAGCUGAAGAGAAUACGUUUAGUUGCUUGAAGACUGAAAAGACCUUCUCACAUAUAAUAGGUCAAACGACAGGAAGUCCACAACAUGAGAAGUGUAUCAAUAGCAAAGAAACCCUUAACAAACAAAUUAAAUUUCACAAAAGACAAAAAGCAUCUCCUCAGUGUGGAAAGGGUAUAAAUCAGAAAGCACACUCUAAAGACUAUAGAAAGAAGCGGCACGCAUGCCCUCAGUGUGGAAAGGGCUUCAAUCAUACAGGACACCUUCGAGACCACACUAGGAUUCACACUGGAGAAAAACCCCACAAAUGCUCUCAGUGUGGAAAGAGUUUCAAUAAAAAAGGGCACUACACAGCCCACAUGAGAAUUCACUCUGGAGAGCAACAGUACACCUGCCCUCAGUGUGGAAAGAGUUUCAGUCAGACAGGUCACCUUCGAGACCACAUUAGAGUUCACACUGGGGAAAAACCCCACAGAUGCUCUCAGUGUGGAAAGAGUUUCAAUAAAAAAGGGCACUACACAGCCCACAUGAGAGUUCACUCUGGAGAGCAACAGCACACUUGCCCUCAGUGUGGAAAGAAUUUCAGUCAGUUAGGACACCUUCGAGACCACAUUAGAGUUCACACUGGAGAAAAACCCUACACAUGCUCUCAAUGCGGAAAGAGUUUCACUCAAAAAGGACAAUAUACAGUCCACAUGAGAAUUCACUCUGGAGAAAAACCCUACACAUGCCCUCAGUGUGGAAAAGGUUUCACUCAAAAAGGAAAUUAUAGAGUCCAUACAAGAGUUCACUCUGUAGAAAACCAGCACAAACAACCUCGAUGUGAAAACAGUCACAUAGAAGACCAAGAUGUCUUAGAAGUCCCAGAAGACCACGUUAGAAUUAACACGGUAAAAAACUACACUUGUCCUCAGUGUGGAAGAAGUUUUGGUCAGGCAGGACACCUAGAAGACCACAUUAGAAUUCACACUGGAGAGAAACCCCACACUUGCCAACAGUGUGGAAAGAGUUUCAUACAAAAAGGAAACUAUAGAGUCCACAUGAGAAUUCACUCCGAAGAUAAACCCUACACUUGCCCUCAGUGUGGAAAGAGUUUCACUCAAAAAGGAAACUACAGAGUGCACAUGAGAAUUCACUCUGAAGACAAACCCUACAAUUGCCAACAGUGUGAAAGGAGUUUCACUCAGAAAGAACAUUUUAGAGUCCACAUGAGAGUUCACACUGGAGAGAAACCCUUCACUUGCCAACAGUGUGGAACGCGUUUUGCUCUAAAAGCAUAUCUUAUAAACCACAUGAAAAAACAUCCUACACACACACUGAAGACACUCUGCGAAGUUUCAUGUGAAAAGUAAACCUCAACAGACACAUUCAAAUCCACAAAGGACAAAAAUCUUGCAAUGUUUGACAGAAUUCACAUAUGAGAGAACUGUCUAUAUUUCAACAUAGUGGAACAUGUUUCAUGGACAGGAAUCCCAUGUAAGAGGUUUAGUUGAGGCUUCAAUAUACUCAAUAUGCUCAGGACAACAUUCUUCUUUAUUUUCUGAGAGGUUAAAUGAAGUGUAAAAUACCUGAGCCCUGAUUUUAAUAUGCAUUUUGGAUAGACCCUAUUUAAUCAGGUUGUUUAUGUGCGUCAUAUUUUUUUGUAAAUGUGUUUUCAUUUCCGAAGAUGCACGAUUUCUAUGCAAGUCUAGUCAAGCAGGGAUGUAUGUGCAUGUGUCUGCUAGGGCUGUAAUCAAAUCCAAAGAGGUUUGAGUCACAAGCAAGUCAAAUGAGGUUUGAUUUCAAGUCAAGUCCUAGACUAAAUAAGACUACCAAUCCUCCAUCUAACCUAUUUUUAAUAGUUUAUUAGACGUUCUAAGACAGGGGUAUCCAAACUUGGUCCUGGAGGGCCAGUGUCCUGCUAUGUUUAGCUAAAGCUUGCUUUAACACUUCUGCCUGGAUGUUUCUAGUAUACCUAGAAAGAGCUUGAUUAGCUGGUUCAGGUGUUUUCACCCCAUAGACUUUCAUUCAUACACACGCAAAUGCGUCAGACCGAAAACGCAAGCUCGUGCGACAAGUUCUUAAGUGUGACAGCGGCAAAACUCUGCAGGACAUGGCUCUCCAGGACCCAGUUUGGGCACCCCUGUUCUCAGAUAAUCCUCCCAGAGAAACAACAUAUAGGAUCAUACACUUACAUAGUCUUAACUCCUGCAACAUAAAGAUAAUUUAAAAAGUGCACUGAAAAGAGUACAACAACAUGGAUGAACCCAGAACAGACGAAUAACCAUCUUAGACCAGGGAUGGGCAAACUCAGGAGGGUCUUGCAAAGUUUAUCUCUAGUCUUAAUCAAACCAACACAAUGUCACGGCAAUUCGUAACUUUUUGAUUUAGUAGCUAAUUCGUACGAUUUAGUACGAUUUGCUCAUCCCCCAAUGACGGUUGGGUUUAGGGGUGGGGUUAGGUGCCAUGCCUCCUUCUUUUUAAAAUCGUACAAUUUCGUACGACUGAAAUACUUACUUACGUUUUCUCGUGAGAUCAGGCUGAUCAAACACACCUACCAAUAGCUUUCUAGUGAUCUUGAAGACAUACAUUAGCAUGUUCAGGUGUGUUUGAUUAGUGUUGGAGCAAACGAUGCAUCUGUGCUAGGGGUGUAGUGGUACGCUGAAGUCGUGGUUCGGUACGUACCUUGGUUUGGGGGUUCUGGUACGCUACAGGUUUGGUACAACAGGAAAAAAAAGAACAACAAAUUCCCAGUGCUUGCUGUGUUCUGUUUAUUUUGAACAGGCAGAAGUAUUUUGUCUCAAUCAGCUACAGAACUGAAGAGCUUCUAGAGAUGCAAAAGUACAAAGUAAAAACAAAAGUAAAAAAAAACAACAACACCAGAAAAACAAGAAUUGCAUAUUCAAUUUAAGAUUCAGGAAGCUACAAAACUGAAAUCUGAGCACCAUGUCCAUCCAUAACUCUGGGUGCAGUGGACAACCACCGUUCAGUCUUGUGUGUGUUAAUAGAGAAGGCACUCAGACUGACUUAAGUGUGCAUGAGAUGAGACAGAAUAUUGUUUUCUAUUGUUUUUCUAUGUAACCGUGUUUUAAUGAACAUGUAAGACUAUUAUACACUCGCGUCUUCUGCAGCACCUCGCUCAUGAGCACUGCAUUUUUAGACGCUGUGUGAAGAUAAAACAAUUUCAACUUUUACCCAUAGCAGCACUCAUUAAUGUCAGUUUCACGGCAGUGGAACAAACACAAGAACUUGGAUAUGGGAGUAGCAUCAUUAGUUAAUUUUUUAUGGCAUGACAACGCCAACAUGCGGAGCCACUUCUGAGCUCUGUACCUCAUGUUUUAAGAUGCAAAGACACAUUCUCUGUGAAUGUCUCCGCAGUUGUUGCACAGCUGUGGUGUUUUUAUUGUCUAACUCCAGUGGUUUCACAUGUGGACUGACUGUAUGUCAAAGUGCGUGAACCAAACCUUUACCCCCGUACUGUGACAAUUCGGGACAAAUACAUUUAUAAUUACACCCCUAAUCUGUGCACUAAUCCGCAACCCAUUUGUCAACAAAUCAGGUGAAUCCAGCAUGUCUGUGCAAGAUCAUCAACUGAUGAAGUUUGCAAAUGAUGGCGGCCUUUUGGGGGCCGUUCUCAUAUCACAUCUUUUCUAGAGUUUGCAUAAGUUCGUUGUUUCCAUUCCCGCAACAAGAGUCACGUGACAAGAAUUGAGCAAUCAGCUUCAGCUUGUAUGGAAUAAACACAUUUCAGUAAAACUAAGGCCCAAUCCCAAUUCUAUUGUGACAGGGUAUUCAGUGUCAUCAAGUGUCAGGAUGUUGUGGGACUGCUGUACAGGAGUUAUUAUGGAUUAUAGAUCGUGAAAUUUAGCUGGGUUUUUGCUUUUUUUUUAAAGCAUGACGGUAAAACACGAACACGGUUAUGAAUACAUUAAAAGGUGUUUGUUUGUCUUUAAAAAUCGUAAUAAUGACAAAAAAUGUUAAUUUGUGGAUCUCCUUCUGGUUUCAGCAAUGCUGCCGUUGUGGCUGGUGUAUUCUGGGAAAUUUUCUUACCUCUUGGUUUCGAGUGUUGUCCUGAAAAAUCUUCAUUCGAAGGGGUAAUCACCUCUUCCCCUUAGCCCUACACCUUCAAGCUAAAGAGAAUUGGGACACCCCUACCCCUUGGCAUGCACACACAAAACGAGGGGUAAGGGGAAGAGCUAAGGGGUAGAAUUGGGAUUGAGCCUAAAUAUCCCAGACAAACACAAACCACUCUUAACACUGAGGUGUUUUGUAAUAUUCUCCAUAAAUAAAACUUGUACCAGAGUUACAGCAAUUUUUUGUCAGCUUGUCAUCCUCCGAGAAAGCGUUGACCGGUCCGCGCUGAUAAAAAGGUUGAGGACCACUGCACUAACCUACGAACAGCGGUGAGACAGACAAGCAUAUCAAUAUGAAUGUGAACAUAUUCACUGAUGGUCAAGAUGAUUCGAAGAUCCUAAAUGAGUCAGUGUUAUUCAGCGGUUGUUGUCUGGGAAUAACAGACCUUGAAAUGUUGCAACUGACCAAUCAGAAUCAGGUAUUCUAGAGGGCUGAGCAAUAAAGUUUGAUAACACCAAUUAUCAAUAAUUUUUAUUUUUUUAACAAAAAUUACUAUAUACUGUAGGAAAUGUGCAGUUCAUUGCUUAAUCAAGUUAGUAAGUACAUUAAU